GGUGUCCCAAGCUGAAAGACUAUUUCUUCCAGGACUGUUUCCUGUACAAAUCUCACAAGAAUUUCCUUCUUCUGCAGCGUCUGUUUCAAGCAGCGCCAAAUCUUGAAAGCCUCCAGGUGGCGGUAUUAUUAGACCGCCGAGACCCCGAUCAUGGGCUGAUGGAGCGUCUGUGGAGGGCUCUUAACACAGCUAAGAGCCUGCGCAGCCUGAAUAUCUACUUCCUUGAUAUGGAACAACAACUGACAGAUCGCCAGAUUAUAUGGGCGCUGGAGCAGGCGUGGUUGGUAGAAGGCACGCAGCUUCCAUGCCUUGAGCAGCUGGGCCUAUAUUCCCUCACAAAUGCUGACCCUGUGUGGGCAGCCAUCGACCUGGGCUCCCCCCUCGCAAACGAACAGGGCGUGCACGGUGUGUGCAAUUCUGUGGGCCAGCUGGUGGAGAAGGCCGUGCUUCCAGCACUGCAGCAGAUUCAGCUGUACCCAGUCAGGAGCGACGAGACGGGUAUAUUUCCCCUUUCUGGUCCGGGGCCGCAGCCUGAUGGCCUCCCACAAGUCAGCACCGUGUUUUUGGAGGAGCCCAGCGCCUGGCAGCGCAAUCGGCUCCUGAAUUGGCUGCAACCCCGCAGCUGUGGAGCGGGUCUACAAUCCAGGGCGAUGGCAUUCUUGGAUCUGGUAGCUAUGCAAUAGCCCAGCUGGAGCAAGACGCACAGCGAAGUCCUCAGGACUGACUCCAGACAAGCAAUGAGAAUCCACAGAUGCUCAAGCACAUCCCUGUAUGCCUGUAUCAUGUGUACAUGCUAGCUAAUGUGAUGUUGACACGCAUGCAUAUUGUGCACACUUCCUGCACAAAAUGAAGGCAUCAUGAUCAGCACUGUACAGUAUAUGCAUGCACAUAUGCACAUGUAAUGAUAAACGGAAGAG